AUGGCACAUUUGAAUAAGAAGUAUGGCAUUAUUCACAAGGUGGCCACGGCUUAUCACUCCCAAACGAAUGGCCAAGCCGAAGUGUCUAACAGGAAAAUCAAGCGCAUACUAGAAAAGAUUGUGAAACCUCAUCAGAGAGAUUGGAGUACCAGACUUAGAGAUGCGCUAUGGGCUUACCGGACAGCUUACAAGACACCGAUCGGCAUGAGAUUGGGAGGAGCCGGAGUUGAAAGGAAAUUGCAACUGGAAGAACUGGAGUGCAUUCGAUUAAAGGCUUAUGAAAACUCGAGGCAUUACAAGGAAAAGGUGAAGGCGGUGCAUGAUCGGAACAUCAAGCAAAGAGAGUUUAGAGCUGGAGAUCAAGUCCUUCUCUACAACUCAAGGCUGAGAUUAAUGCCAGGAAAACUGAGGUCAAGGUGGGAUGGCCCAUAUAUGGUGGAAAAGGUUGAGCCAUAUGGAGUUAUCCACUUGAACCAUCCCUCAAGCCCCACAUUCUUCAAGGUUAAUGGUCAUCGUCUGAAACUGUAUCAUGGUACAGUGGCGAAGAACAACAAGGAGCUGGAGAUCUUUCUCUUGAAAGACCCAACCAAGGAAGAGAAGUGA